UAUGUUGCCGACGAUGUUCAUGGAGCAGUCCGGCAAUGAGUUCCCGCAAUCUUACAAAUUGCCCAGUAAGUCUGUUUACUUGAACUGCGGGACUUCUCUGACUACAUUCGUAAAUAAGUUUAUUACGAGCAAUUUUUACCCAGUCAUAGCUCAUUGUAUUGUACAAGUGACGAGAUUUCGCUUUACAAAGUUUCGAUCGAUUCACGGUUUACAAACUGAUAAAAAGUGAUGGGGUUGGAUAAUGAUUUAGAACUGCUGCCAUGCAGUUUUCAAUUUCAUAAUUUUCAAGAUAAAGUUGGCGAGGUUAACUUAAUCUGCCAGAUCACGAAGAUGAAACAGAGUUUCUACGUCUGGCUCGCUGAAUACAACGAUCAGAGUUUAAAACACUUGGCGGUCGCUUCGACUGUGGCCGGUGAUGGCAAAAAACAAGUUUUGUCGACAAAAAUUUUGGGACCCAUCGUCGAUGACACUUCGUCGUUUAUCGCGUCGAGACUUUCCGCCAAAGUUGGUGUACCAGUGUUUGUGAGCUUUAACGUGAUGACUGACAAUUUGUCAUUGCCCGCAAUUGAAAAGAGAAUUGCUCAAGAGUUUAAUAAUCAUCCUGAACUUCUAGUCUUUUAAUGUGUAGCUGAAUGGUGUUGUGUAAAAUUUAACUUUAACAAGUUAAUUAUUUAAUGUAAAACUCAGUGUUAAUUUUUCAU